CAGGAACCGUGGGAUCCGUGAGCGGCCUUUGGCUCGAGGUGACCGGAGAAGGUCCGUCUUUAUCUCGGUGACGUUCGGAAGAGAAUGCCGCAGGCAUGUUUAACCCACACGCGUUAGACUCCCCGGCGGUGAUUUUUGACAACGGGUCGGGCCUCUGCAAGGCGGGGCUGUCCGGGGAGAUCGGGCCCCGCCACGUGAUCAGCUCCGUCGUGGGGUACCCCCGGUUCAAGACGCCGGCGGCGGAGGCCGGGCCGAAGUGCUUCGUCGGGGAGGAGGCGCUGUACAAGCAGGAGGCCCUGCACCUGCGCCGGCCCAUCGAGCGCGGCCUGGUCACGGGCUGGGAGGACGCGGAGAAGCUGUGGACGCACCUCUUCGAGUGGGAGCUGGGGGUGAAGGCCUGCGACCGCCCCGUGCUCAUGACCGAGCCCUCCCUCAACCCGAGGGAGAACCGGGAGAAGACGGCCGAGGUGAUGUUUGAGAGCUUCCAGGUCCCGGCCUUCUACCUGUCGGACCAGGCGGUGCUGGCCCUCUACGCCUCCGCCUGCGUCACGGGCCUGGUGGUGGACAGCGGGGACGGCGUCACCUGCACCGUCCCCGUCUUCGAGGGCUACUCCCUGCCCCACGCGGUCAGCAAGCUCCACGUGGGCGGCAAGGACGUCGCGGACGCCCUCCGGCGCCUCCUCCUGGCCGGCGGGCGCCCCUUCCCCUGCGCGCUCGACAAGGCCGUGGUGGACGACAUCAAGGAGAAGCUGUGCUACGUGGCCCUGGAGCCCGAGAAGGAGCUCUCCCGGCGGGCCGAGGAGGCGCUCCGCGAGUACAGGCUGCCCGACGGGAACGUCCUCCGCGUGGGGGACCCGCUCUUCCGGGCCCCCGAGGCCCUCUUCUCGCCCGAGCUCCUGGGCGUCCAGAGCCCGGGACUGGCCAAGAUGGCGGCCACCAGCGUCGCCAAGUGCGACGCCGACAUCCAGAAGACGCUCUUCGGGGAGAUCGUGCUGGCCGGGGGCGGCACGCUGUUCCAGGGCCUCGACGACCGGCUGCUGAGGGAGCUGGAGCAGCUGGCCGCCAAGGGCACCCCCAUCAAGAUCACCGCGCCCCCCGACCGCUGGUUCUCCACCUGGAUCGGGGCCUCCAUCGUCACCUCGCUGAGCAGUUUCAAGCAGAUGUGGGUCACCGCCUCGGACUUCAAGGAGUUCGGGACGUCCGUGGUGCAGAGAAGGUGCUUCUGA